GGUUGGAGAUGGCCUCAGAUAAUAUAAUUUUCUAUAGGAAGUGGUAUGUAUUAGGUAAUCGGAAAUUGAGCGAAUCAUGUAGAGUUUUAAGGAAGCAAGGAAAACUGCAGAAAAUCAUACUGUAAUUGCAAAAAGGAAGAAAAAAUAUAGUAGAAAUGAUGAAAAGUAAGUAAAAAUUGAAAAAACAAAACAAGAUUAUUUAAAAAUUAGGUUUGAUGAAGGGAAGGAUAAUUAAUUAAAGAAAUAUUGAAUUAAGUAAGAACCUGAAGAUGAAAAUAGAAAGAAAAUACCAGAAAUUGAAUGGCAGCAGUGAAGAGGAAGUGGCGGCGGCAAAUUCAAUGGAAGAAACCGCUAAUAACCGUCAUCACUUUCAAUUUAUUGCCCAGAGCCUUUGUAUAACUGUACAAUUAGGGGGGAAUGGCAGCAAUGAGCGGUGGCCGCUAGGUCAGAUUGGCAACGGAAUUGAAGUUUCAACUUUGACAGAAGUCCUUUUACUUGCAUCCACCGCCUGUAACUUGUCCCUCCACUGUCAGAUCUGAAUCAUGGCCGAGGAGCUGGAGAAACCGUUGCUCGAUCCUGAGAAUUUCAAUCGAGAUGGGAUUGAUUUGGAGCAGUUGCCUCUCGAGGAUGUUUUCGAGCAACUCAAAACUUCAAAACACGGACUUUCAUCAGAAGAUGCUGAACUUCGAUUACAAAUUUUUGGUCUAAACAAACUUGAUCAGAAGCCCGAAAAUAAAAUUUUAAAAUUUCUGAGUUUCAUGUGGAAUCCUUUAUCAUGGAUCAUGGAAGCUGCAGCUAUAAUGGCAAUUGCUCUUGCGAAUGGUGGUGGAGAAGGUCCAGAUUGGCAGGAUUUUGUAGGGAUCAUAAUUCUUCUGAUAAUCAAUUCAACAAUCAGUUUUAUAGAGGAAAAUAAUGCUGGAAAUGCUUCAGCUGCACUUAUGUCACGUCUAGCUCCAAAAACAAAGGUUCUGAGGGAUGGACUAUGGAAAGAGCAAGACGCAGCGAUUUUAGUUCCAGGCGAUAUUGUCAGCAUUAAACUUGGCGAUAUUAUUCCUGCUGAUGCUCGAUUGCUCGAAGGCGAUCCAUUAAAAAUCGAUCAGUCAGCUCUUACAGGAGAAUCUCUUCUUGUAACCAAGAAGACCGGUGAUGAAGUGUUUUCUGGUUCUACAUGUAAGCAAGGUGAAAUUGAAGCUGUUGUUAUUGCCACCGGUGCUAAAACUUUCUUCGGAAAAGCAGCACGUCUCGUCGAUUCCACAGAAAUUGUUAGCCAUUUUCAGAAGGUUCUUACUGCCAUUGGGAACUUCUGCAUUUGUUCUAUAGCACUAGGAAUGGUUCUUGAAACCAUAAUAAUGUAUGCGGUUCAGGGUCGGUCAUAUCGGGAUGGAAUCAACAACCUUCUUGUUCUCUUGAUUGGAGGAAUCCCUAUAGCUAUGCCUACUGUUUUGUCUGUUACACUUGCUAUUGGUGCUCAUCGUCUCUCUCAACAAGGUGCUAUCACAAAGAGGAUGACUGCAAUUGAAGAAAUGGCAGGCAUGGAUGUUCUUUGUUGUGACAAAACCGGAACUCUCACCUUGAAUCGCCUCACAGUUGAUCGAAACCUUAUCGAGAUUUUCAACCAUGAAGUGGAUAAAGACAUAAUAGUUUUGCUUGCAUCAAGAGCAUCCAGGCUUGAGAACCAGGACGCUAUUGAUUCCGCAAUUGUUGAUAUGCUUGCCGAUCCAAAUGAGGCACGCGCGACCAUUGAGGAAGUCCAUUUCCUGCCUUUCAAUCCAGUCGAAAAACGUACUGCAAUUACAUAUAUCGAUUCAAAUAAUGGUAAAUGGUAUCGUAUCAGCAAAGGAGCUCCGGAACAGAUACUAAAGCUGUGCAAAGAUAAGGAUCUCAUUGCUCAAAAAGUUCACACCAUCGUCGAAAAAUUCGCAGAUAGAGGCCUGAGAUCACUUGGAGUCGCGAUUCAGGAAGUACCUGAAAAAAUUAAGGACAGUCCUGGAGGACCUUGGACAUUUUGUGGUUUAUUGCCCUUGUUUGAUCCUCCAAGACAUGAUAGUGCUGAGACCAUUCGUCGAGCACUUAACCUCGGAAUUAAUGUCAAGAUGAUUACAGGUGAUCAGCUAGCAAUUGCCAAGGAGACAGGAAGACGACUUGGCAUGGGAACGAACAUGUAUCCCUCUUCGUCGCUGCUAGGCUGCGAAAAAGAUGAAAAUGAGGCUAUUCCGUUGGAUGAGCUCGUUGAGAAGGCAGACGGCUUCGCUGGCAUAUUUCCAGAACAUAAAUACGAAAUUGUAAGAAUCUUACAAGAAAAGCAUCAUAUAGUCGGGAUGACCGGAGAUGGUGUAAAUGAUGCACCAGCCUUGAAGAAAGCAGAUGUCGGUAUAGCAGUGGCAGAUGCAACAGAUGCUGCAAGAAGUGCUUCGGACAUUGUCUUAACUGAGCCUGGCUUAAGUGUCAUAAUCAGUGCUGUCUUAACCAGCAGAGCUAUUUUCCAGAGAAUGAAAAACUAUACAAUAUAUGCAGUCUCAAUUACCAUUCGUAUCGUGCUUGGUUUUAUGCUUUUAGCAUUAAUAUGGGAAUUCGAUUUUCCACCUUUCAUGGUUCUGAUUAUGGCAAUACUUAAUGAUGGGACUAUCAUGACUAUUUCACAUGAUCGAGUCAAACCAUCGCUAUGGCCCGACAAUUGGAAGCUACCGGAAAUAUUCAUAACCGGAAUAAUCAUCGGAACAUAUCUAGCCUUAGUAACUGUCCUGUUCUACUGGGUUGUGAUCGACACUAAUUUCUUCGAGGUAUCAAUCAAUCAAUCCUUCUUGAAUAUUCCAAUAAAAAAAUACCAUUUUUUUCUCAAAAUUUUAUCAAAUUAUGUGCAGAAAACGUUCAAUGUAAGAGAUAUAUCAAACAAAACUGAAGAAGUAGCCUCUGCUGUAUAUCUACAUGUGAGCAUUAUCAGCCAGGCCCUAAUAUUCGUUACGCGUUGUCAAAGUUUUUCGUUUCUGGAGCGACCCGGAGUUCUCUUGAUGUGUGCAUUUGCAGUGGCUCAACUGGUAGCAACCUUAAUUGCAGUGUAUGCAGAAAUUGCAUUUUCUUCAUUUAGUGGCAUUGGAUGGAGAUGGGCUGGUGUGAUAUGGUUAUACAGUUUGAUCUUUUACGUACCGUUGGAUUUCAUAAAGUUUGCAGUUCGUUACGCAUUGAGCGGAGAACCAUGGAACCUUGUAUUUGAAAGAAAGAGAAGUCUACAAGGCUUGGAGGAGCCAAACCAGGAAUUCUGUGCCAAUACAGGAUCUUCUUUUGUUUCUGAGCAGGCCAGUCAGUGUGCUGAAAUUACCAGCUGAGUUAUAUGGAAGAUUGAAGACGGAGAUGGGUUUUGGUGGUUUUUUGAUGUUGAACCUGAAUGGUGCUAGUUUUUCAAUUUUAAAUACCACUGCAGCAGUGUCGUGUAACGGAUUGAACAGUUGAAUGGGCGCACAACGUCUGGGAGGGAAUUGGGUUUUUUAGAGAAGUUCGAAAGAUUUGAACUGUUCGGGAAUUAAAAAACGUCUGGGAAUUGAAUUUUACGUUAUUAGUUGGCUGUGCAGUCUUUUCCGUUUUUGUUUAGAGCAAGGCCGUGUAAGUUAUGAGUGAGAGAGUUGAUGAGAGUGAAUAAUCCACGUGUCAGAAUUAUAGAGUGCUAUUGUGUUAAAACAGAAUUUGGGAGUUCAGAAUUAUAAUAUAGUAUAGAUAUAGAUAUAGAU